CGGAGAAGAAAGCCUUACGUUUUACCUUAAGGCUUUAUUAGUAAACAUUUACUAUAGUGUGUACUGUACCUCAUAGUGUUUACAUCCUGCAAGCGUCUGACCUGGUAUCAAAUUACUCUUCGCCUUGAUUGAGUUCCAGAAAAAUGCCCCUUGAAGGGAUGUCCGGCAGGAAGCGAAGACCUAACUGGACAGACCAGGAGUGUCUUCUUCUUGCUCAGUUAAUGCAGGAGCGGAAAGAUAUAAUCCGAGGGAAGUGCAGUACUGGAGUUUCAAUACAGGAUAAAAGACAAGCCUGGGAGGAAAUAGCCCAAGCCAUCAAUACUGCCUUUCCACAGAUUCAGCGUACAGUUUCUGACUGUAACAAAAAGUGGGAAAAUCUGCUGGCAAAGUCAAGGGAGGAGAUCAAACGACAGAGAAGGCAAGCGGGUACAGAAGGCCUGUCCCUUGAACAGUUCAGUACUGUGACUCAAGUAGUGAUUUCUGUGAUGAACCUCUCAGACAUGCUGCAACAGGAUAGAGAUGACUCAUCAAUCUCAGAGAUGGCAGAAACUCAACAAAACAGCAGUGAUGAAGAUGGACAUGACCACACAACAGAUGAAAGAUUCUCAAACAAACAUCCACUGAGAGAACUUGAGCUCCCUACGUAUCCAGAUCCAUCCACUUCUCCAGCAGAACAAAAAAUGACCGCUUUUACUAAUGUCCCUAAAUCGCUCGCAGUGCAGUUUAGUACUCAUCGUGCUAUUGGCUUGACUGCUUCUGCAGAGCAACUAGAUACUCCCUGCUCUGCUUCUUCAGUACACUGCACAACUUUGCAAGAGCGAAUGGAUUUGGAAAUGUCUGUGCUGAGAAGACAAGAGGCAGUCCUCAAGCUGCAAGAGGAAUAUUACACACUAAAAAUUAAGCUGAUGAAAAAGCAAAUGGAGGAGCCACUUUCAAAAGACUGAAGUAGUUGUAUACACAUUGUAGAGAACGACCUGUUGCACCUGUUUGGGACUUGUGCCUGCCUGUGAAAUCUGACCGUUCAAGUCACAUUUGAACGAUUAUGAUUUGUUUGUGUUAAAUCUCAAAUCUGUAAUGUUUUUUUGUAUACAUAAACAAAUAGAUUUUUUACUUUUACUGACAUCAAAGGAUCAAAAAGUGACGUCGCUGUGCAUGCUUGGUCGUGGCAUUCGUGGCAUUAAGUUUGACUUGACGAUCCUGAAAUUAACCCUCAAAUGAAAUGUGCUGUUUGUUGGUGACAUUCUUUAUUUUAUCUUGUCUUUUUUCCCCUUUUGUUUUUAUCCCCAAUUGGGAAUGGCCAAUAGACCUUUUUCACAGCAGACAUUUUGACUUAUCAUAGCAAUAACAGCACAGGUGUAACUAAUAACAUUAAUGAUGAUACCAUGAAGUGUCCCUGUAAGCCAUGCCAGUGAGCCAUCAUGCACAGUACCAUGAGCCUGGAACUGGCAAACCUAAACUAUAAUUAUUAUUAUUGGUUAUACCUGUGCUUUUCCUGCUAUGUCGUCAAAAUAAAUAAAGUGUACUGCUGUCCUUGUCACUGCUAACUCCGCUGUUGACCUGGGGUAAGUGUGGACAGCCAUGUGUUUGCUUUGAUGAGAUAGAUUUCUGUUUUUGUUGUGUCACAUUGCCUUAUUACCACUUCAGAGUCUCAGACUGAAAGACAGAUAAAUCACUGCAAUACAGUAUAAUGAAAACUGUAAUGAAGCAUAUUUCAUUUGUUUUUUUAACUGCACCUUAUGAGGGUGAAAUUUUAGUUUUGAGUAAAUCAUUUUUUGCUUUGAAUACAUACAUUGUACUGAAAACACUGAUUAGACUUUGAUGAUGACAUCAUAGUUCUUGAUAUACAAUGAUGAGAGUAUAGCUUAUACUUAUGAGUACAAAGAGAACAAAUGAUACAUUAACAAAAGCUCACAAACAAAAAUGUGCCAUAUAACUCUGGAAUUACAACUAUUAAAUUCUCAAAUUCUUGAAAUCAAUUUUAUUCUUUGCAGGAAGUAUGAUUUAGUUUAGUUUAUCUGGCAGGGAAGCGCAACGCAUAUGUAUAGUUUUACACUGUGAGAAAUUUAGUUUAUUUACUGAUUCAUGCCAUUUACUCCUAAGUGCGAAUUUGGAAGCUGUAAAUGUUUGACAUAUACCAAUUUACAUAUUUAUGAAAAUUGAACUUCUUCAUGCCAAUGUAAGUAAAGCUAAAAUAAUGUCCUGUCUAGACAAAUGUAGUAAUUUGUGUGUAAUAUUUCUCAUAAAUCCGUUUAUUUGUAAGUGACUGGGGUUGGCACCCAGAUGUAAGCAGUGGGGCCCAGAGUGUUGAAUAAAAGUCUGUUAUUUGC